AUGGCCGUUUUUCUAUACUUUGAAGAGAAGGUCCAUAAGAAGAAGCUGCUCAGAGCCAAUGCUAUUCCACUUCUGUUCCCCAGAUUGUUAUGUCAGAUUCUGGAGCACUUGGGGUAUCCAUCUCAGCCUCAACUUGAGCGUAAACGCAUUUGUCGAAAGGUAUUCACUCUCGACAAAUGGAAGAAUAUGACAGCCUAUAGUGCAGAGCUGGGUGCCCCAGCUGGAGUAGAGCAUCCAGAGAUUCCACAUCCAGAGCAGCCAGAGGAGCCACAGCCCAUAGAGACACCAACUGACAAGAAAGCACCUGCCCCUGCAGUGCCCUCUACAGAGCCUACACCUAAGGUUGCACCCUCUGUUUCUCCUGCCACACCACGACCUCCCCCUGUUAUUCCAACUACAUCAGAGUCAUCUUCUUCAUUUGAGCCUAGGACUACCAUAUCCAUUUCCGAGUACAGAGCUCUAUGUCACACUUUGUAG